AACAUGACGAGUUGUCGCCGUCUCGAAGGCAAAGUUGCAAUUGUUACAGCGUCCACUAAAGGGAUCGGUCUAGCAAUCGCAGAACGCCUAUGUCUGGAGGGCGCUGCCGUUGUCAUUUCCAGUCGGAAUCAGAAGAACGUCGAUGACGCCCUCGAGUACCUCAGAUCUAAAGGUUGUUCCAAGGUUAGCUGGUUGCAUUUUAGAAAUUUGCUUCUAGGUAGAGGGCUUGAAAAAUUCGACAAGAUCGACAUUUUGAUCAACAACCAUGGAAUCAGUCCAGUAAUAGGGCACAUUCUUGGUGGUUGGGACAAACUAUUCAAAGUGAAUGUUAAAGCAGGUUGGCAACUAUCAAAGCUAGUAUAUCCCUAUAUGGCAAAAAAUGGAGGUGGAAGCAUCGUAUUUAACUCUUCACUUUCGGCUUAUAGCCCACCACCACAAGGAAUCGCCGCCUAUGCAGUAACAAAGACUGCUCUGCUUGGUCUCACCAAAGCUUUAGCCAAUGGCUUGGCCAAGGAUAACAUCCGUGUCAACGCUAUUGCACCAGGGAUCAUAAGAACGCGAAUGAGCAAAAUGAACUCACCAUUUGAAAAUCGACUUUCUCUUGGUAUAACCAAUCGAAACAUUCCGCUCACUGGAGAACCAAAGGAUUGUGCUGGAGCAGUCGCUUUCCUUGUUUCCGAUGAUGCAAAGCAUAUUACUGGUGAAACCAUUGUCAUUGCUGGUGGUGUUCAUGCAAGACUGUGA